AUGGAAAUGAUUUUGAAGAUUAUUGGAAAAGGAUUUUGUCUUCAUAAGUUUGCAUAUCUUCGUGAUCCUUGGAACUGGUUGGAUUUUGUUGUCGUUAUUUUAGGGUAGGUUUACCUACGACGGUCCCUAUAUACUGUAGAGUAGGGGACAUAAAUGUUCUCCAAUAUUUGCGCAGCAGAAUGAAAGAGCAGCAUGUUGGGGCCAAGUAAGGAAAUAGUGUAGUCUCAAUGUUUCCCGAGACGAAGUCGAGUGAUACAGUAGUAUAUGUUCUUAUGAUUAUAUUUGUUUCAGAUACCUCACGAUGGCACCAAGUGUUGCUAACCUUUCUGGAAUAAGAACAUUUCGGGUGUUGAGAGCUUUGAGAACAAUAUCUGUUAUUGAAGGUUCGUAUUUUUCAUCUGGCUGUGUGUUUGUGUAUUUUCAGUACCUGCGAGUCUAUCUUUUUGUUGGCGAUUGAUUGUUUGAUUUGUAAUACGUUCAUUUAUUAGUCAGCGUAUAUAUUAAUUUAUUUUUGACCAAUAAAUUGAUUGAUUAAUAAUUAUUGAUUGAGAAACUUAAUUAAUUAACUGAAUAAUUGGUUGAUUUAAUGAUACAUAAAUUUAUUUAAUCGAUAGGAUUAACUAAUUGAUUGAUUCACUGAUCACAUAUGUGAAAUUUUCCUAUAUUGAUUGAUUUACCGUUAAAUUUAAUAACUUAUUAUUGAUUUAAUUAAUUAAUUGAUUGACUAAUUGGUUGGUUGGUUGAAUAAUAUAUCGAUUGAUUGGGUGAAUUAAUUACUUAAUUAAUUGGACGAUUGAUUAAUUAGAUAUACAUACAUACAUAUACAUAUACAUACAUAAAAAUUUAUUUAAACACGUUCUUAGCCCUAACAUCUUUUGAUGGUUUCCAUAGGGGACGUGUAAGAAUAAGACUAAUAUAUAAUAUACAUAAUACAAACUAUUUACAUGAUUAUUAUUUAACUUUAACCUGCCGGAAUAUCCUUUGAAUUCUAGGUUUGCGAACAAUGGUGAAUGCUUUCCUGAGAUCAAUGCGAAUGUUGACAGACGUACUCGCGUUGUCCUUAUUUUUCAUAUCAAUAUUCGCGUUGGUGGGAAUGCAAUUAUUUGUUGGAGUGCUGAGGAACAAGUGUGUGUUAGAUCCUGAUGUAAAUGUGACGGAUUUUGAUGAAUUCAUCGCGAAUGAAAGUAAGUUGUCGCCCACCUUUUCUUUCUGGUGUGAUAUACCGCAAACUGUCCAAUUUCGUAUUGUUUCGCAGGGAUGCAGGUUCGAUUAAAAACAAAACAGAAAAGACCUAUUAAAUUUAUAUAUAGUUAAUUAAUUUGAUUGAUUUUUUCAGGUAAUUGGUUAUACAUCAAUGGUGAUCCAGUUGUUUGUGGAAAUAGCUCAACUGCUAGGUAUUUGCAUGUUGAAUAAUAUAUUGAAAUUUGAAUAGAAUAAAGUAAUAAACUAAACACUGACGACGUUUUGGCCCUCGGAUUUUUCAAACUGUUAUUUUUUUAACUGUUGUUUUUUUUUGUGUUAUAUUGUAAGCUCUUAAACCAAGUUAAAUUCAUCACGUAUUUUACAAUAAAACUAUCUAACUUAUAUAGGUCAUGUCCAUCAAACUACAUAUGUUUUCCUGAUGUCGGAGACAAUCCUAAUCAUGGUUAUACGAGCUUCGAUACCUUUCCCUGGGCGUUGUUGUGCACCAUCCAACUCGUGACUGCAGAUUACUGGGAAAAUGUUUAUGAACAUGUACGUAUAUACUUUUCUAACUUGAUUAAACACUGAUGUUUUGUUUGCAAACCGAGGAGGGUUUACUGUGGAAAAAACCGCUGUUGAGAAAAGCAAUAGAGUCUUAAAUUGCUGUUUGGAAUUUAACAGAACAGUAUACAUUUGAAAAAGCUUUGAUUAUCUUCCCCGUCUCUUGCAGAUUAUCGCAUCCAAUGGCUUCUGGUCUGUGUUUUAUUUCCUCAUGGUUAUAUUUUUUGGUUCUUUCUACAUUCUCAAUCUCAUUCUGGCCGUGGUGGCAUUAUCGUAUCAACAAGAACUGGCUAAUUUGAAAAAUAUGGUAAAACUCCAUCAGAACAUAUUCAACUUUCUUUAAUAUAAAACUCAAUCAGAACAUAUUCAUCUUAAACUUUCUUUUUAGUUCAGUGGACAUUUUAGAACUGUGCACUUUUUUUCUCAAAAUCUUGUACACCAGGUCAAAAAUACUAUAAGGCGUGGUUCACACUAGCAAUUUUGUGAAGUAAAAUUAUUUUUCUAUUUAUUGGGGAUUCACAUCCGUAGCUUUGCAGCUUUUCAAUAAUUCCAAGGCUGCUUUCUGAUACGUUCAUAAUAGUUAUUUUUUCAAAACCCAUUCGCAGGCUAAAACCCAUAGAGAGGCCUGCGGAGGAGGCUACGUUCAUACAUAACCUUUUCACCUCCAAUUUAUUUUCUAGGAAGCUGGGCACAACCAUCUGAAGGCAACAUCUUCCUCUUAUUCGCUUCACCUUUCUUUUAAACCUCAAAAACUAUUCCCUACGAAACCUUCAAAACCCACAUCGAACUGGCCUUUCGUGCUACGUCGCUAUACCAAAACCUCUCCGUAUUUCGAUAACCCAGCUCCCUCCCCGGGGCCGUAUUACCCCUCGUCACCGGAUGAUAAAACCCUACCGGUACAGAGCCCCCUCACCUUAGACAAAGUCACACCGUACACGUUCGAUAGUGAAUGCGUUGUAUCGUUCUAUAAUUACGAAGCUGAGGCGAUUCAGAGAAUUAACAGCGGGCCAAAUUUGCAUACAGGUUUUGACAUCGGUAAGAGUGAGGGAACAUCCUCUUCCGAUCUCGACAUUAACGGGACGGAAAUGCUACAAAGCGCAAAGGGGAAAGUACAUUUAGGAAAGCCGGGUAAAGAUAAGAGCAAUGCGAAUUGUGAAAUAAACAAUGAAGAAAGCAAAGGGGACUUCAAGCCGGGGCAAAGUACCGCGUCUUUUGAGAGCAUUGAAUGUACUACUUUAGUGCCUGAUCAAGAAGAUACCGUAGGCCAAAGAGAAAAUUAUGUAGAUUGCUGUGAUAAAGCUGAAACGAACACUGUGUAUGACAUUUCGGAUGUAACCGAGGGGCUAAAAGUAAAACAGAAAAAGACAAAACGAAAGGUUGUUGGGGUUAGGGAAAACCAUGCUCGGAAAAUGGAUAAAAAUCCGUAUGAAAAAAUAACAAGUAAAGCAAAUUCUACUUCUGUGACUUCGAGUGAAAAGGGGAAAGUAAAUGGCUGCAAGGGGAACACGAAGCAAUCUGAUAACAGCCAUGCUCAUGAAAACUCUAUCACAAGUUCACUGAAAGGAUCCGGGACAAUCCAUACAACCGCGACGUUAAAUGAAAACGCCAUGACUGAAAUACAUUCAAGCUCCGAUGCUGUACGGAAUAUAACAGCGACAGAAACGAACUGCGAUUACCACACGGUAGAAGAAGGUCCUACGAACCUCAUGUUAGCUCAACAACGACAUAACGAAGCCAAACAAAACUACAUUGUUUCAGAGAUUUCUGAUUUAAAUAGCAAUCAACAAUCUGACGCGAACUCGGUCUUGGAUAACCAAACAAAUUUUCCUGAGAAAGUGGGACAUGGCUUUACUGAUGCCUCAAAAAGUCUCUCGAAACCCACAUCAAGCUUAACACCCGUAGCUUGGGAGGACUCACCCCGCAAGUCUAUUGAAACGGGUCUCGCCUCAGCUCGGAAUACAGGACUCAUAAUAAUUCAGACCUCGUCUGUCUGCGUGAUGAUCCCGCAGGCCACUGGCCGGCGUCGCAAUCCAGUUAACGAAAUCCGUCGGCGGUGCGCAACACUUUUCAUGAAUCCCAUGUUCGAUUGGUUCAUAACCAGCGUGAUAUUUUUAAAUACAGUCGUCAUGGCUACAGAAUACCAUGGCAUGAACCAGAGGUUGGAAAGCACAUUAGAUAAUAUUAAUCUCGUAAGUAUAGUACAAUGUUUAUACAUUAAACUAAAUGUUGAUGGGGUUUUUGUGGAUGGAAAUUCAAAUUGUGAAUUUUAUACACUUUUAGAUCUAACCAGGAACAGCUGCAAAAAAUGCAACUGUAGGUCAGAAUCCUGCGUCCCUGCAGGGCUCUAACCGACUCAGCUACAGAGGCUUUCUCAGUAUAGAGCAUGAAAUUUUAUAUGACCACACUAUUAAUGCACUGAUUGACUUUUUACAAAUUAUCUCUCCUUUCCCCUUAGGCUUGUACGUUUGUGUUUAUUCUGGAAAUGCUUGUCAAGGUGACGGCUCUCUCCCUGCGAGGCUACAUUCAAAGUCGUUGGAACAUCUUGGAUGGUUUUAUAGUUGUGAUUAGUGUCGUUGAGAUGAUGAUAGUAUGGUGUGUCCCCGAUGUUACUCAUGGCCUGGGCUUCAGCGUACUGAGGACGUUCCGAUUGGUAAAUAUAUUCUGGGUUUUAUAUUAGACCACAUAAAAUAAAUUCCUCGCCAUCUUGAGGGUCUAUUUUUACACGAACGUCUUGGGUCUUGAACGAGAAUUGAACCAGGGUAAGGCAAAAAUUUUCUGUUUCUAGUCAGCGAGCACUUAAUCUUUGACUAUGCGCGUCGACGUUUUAUAUGAAAACCGCUGUUCAUCUCAAGGAAAUUUUUCUCGUGGAAAUCUUCUUUCAAUAUAGUUUCAUGUUUAUGAAUGCAUAUUAGUACUCGAUGAUUUUUGCGAGAGAAUAAAGCAUAUUCUUGUGAUAUUUCGUAGUUGAUAUAUUUCUAUUAUUUACAUCUUUACAUUAAAUAAACAAGCUUUGACUAUUUUAUUAUAUUGUGUAGCGUAACAUUAACAAUCCAUUAAUAUUAGGUAUCUUAUUAAUAUGUAGAUUCGCAUACUAAAACUAGCGCAAUCCUGGGUGACAAUGCGAGCUCUUCUUUCCACAAUCGGUGCAAGUAUUGGACAGCUUGGUAACCUCACCCUACUUCUUGUUAUUGUCACGUAUACAUUCGCAGUCAUUGGUAUGCAGUUGUUCUCUGAGAGUUACACUCCUGAACAUUUUGAAGACAAGAAAGUGCCGAGAUGGAAUUUUGCUGAUUUCUUGCAUUCGUUUAUGAUCAUAUUCCGGGUGCUGUGUGGGGAAUGGAUCGAGCCGUUGGUUGUGACGAUGCACGUGACAACGCCUACAGCGGUAGUGUUUUAUUUCGCUGCUUUAAUAAUUGGCAAUUUUUUGGUAAGUUGGGGGAGAGGGUGGGGAUUAUUUUUGCAUUUAGCAAUUCUUCAAUCAGUGAACAAGAAGAAAUGUAUUGUCUUUAACCUAUUUAGAUGCGGGAUAUUAGUAUAGCAUGACCAGUUGCCACUGGCUUGCUUCGUCACUGAGAUUAUUUAAAAACCUAUUGUGGCUGUAAAUCACUGAAAUUUUCAACACUACAGUUGCACAGAACAUUCCAGGUUAUGAUGAUGCAAUCUGGAAAGUAUGGGAGCUGAGGCCCCCCAAUUCGACAUGGGAGGCUCACCCUCUGAGCUCCCCCCCCCCCCGUUAGUGUGGUUAGUUCGUUCAUGUCAUCUCUGUGACCGGAUUCUAAUUUCGCACCAGUAACAUGUAAAGAAAAGUUCUUUCAGUUUGACUUUACCAGAUAUCACUGGUUGCCUCCGUAGCUAAAUGAGCCAUCCACUGGUAUUUACUAAUUAAGAAUAAACUCUGCAGCCGGAAUACGUUAGCAUCUAUAUAAAAUCGCACCCCUUGUUCAUUUUGGAAGUAAGAUCUAUUCGGUAAACGUGAUAAGCGGAAUCGUUCGCAGAAAAGUAUUUCCGAGAAAAACGUGCGCACCCUAUGCUUACAUAAUAUUUCUGAUUACCUUUCCUAGAUCUUGAAUCUUUUCUUGGCUCUUCUACUUAAUUCCUUCUCGACAGAGUCACUGAGCAACGCCGAAACUAAGCGAUCGGUGAACAUCAGAGAGAGAUUUCGUCGCGUUGUGAGAAAAUAUGUAAACGUGAUGCGUGUAUUCCGUGCCUUUCGCGUGUCUGCUAAAACGUGCACAACGAAAAACGAACGUGAACACGCUAAUGAAGAUGGUUCGCGCUCUGUCUCAAGCCGAGCGUGCGAAGCCGAAGACGGGGGAACUGGGACGGAGACCAAUAUUAAAGAUGUCAUAUCUAAUGAAAACUCAAUAACCUCCGAAGCUAUUGACCAAUCCGGUUCAAGGACGCAAUCACGUGCCACUUGCAUGACGUCAUCAAAUCAUUCCCAGAAGACUCUUCGGCAUCGAGAUGACGUCGUUCCAGACUGUUUGCCAAAAUUUUGCUGCAGAUGCUUCAACUGGGACAAGGAACAUCGUUCUAUGAUGUAUAAAGCAGUUAUAUUUUCUCGUGCGAAAGUCCUCAGCAUUGUUGAACACAGAUACUUCGAUGCAUUCAUUUUGUUUCUCAUAUUUAUCAGCAGCGUCUCAUUGGUAAGUUAUUGAGUUAGCUGCAUCCGUUUUCAAUGAAUGUACCUGUGAUAAGUCCCGAAGAUGAGGCAGUGACUAACUUUGGGAUAAAUACUCCCCCCCCCCCGGAUUAAAAUGGAAAGUACCCCUGGUCCUGGUGAAAAGCUAUGGCGCCAUUGAAAUUUGGCUAUAUUCAGGGUGUCAACGGGCGUUGAAAAACCUGCAAAGUUCUUGAAUUUGAAAAAACGGAAUCCAAGCCUGGAAAGUCCUUGAAAACUAUGUGGUGCAGCGCUCUAUCUAACCACAAAUUCAUCGCCUGAGCUGAAGUUUUGCACCUCACCUAAAAUUUCAUACGAAAUUGGAUGAGAUUUGAACAGAUAGAGCUUUCUAUAGUACGAAUGAAGUUUAUUUAUAUCAUUUAUAAAUUGUGUUUAUAGGCUCUUGAAGAUGUCCACUUGGAUUCAAAACCGGACUUGAAGGCCUUUCUCAAGAUCCUAAAUUACGUUGUAACAGUUAUUUUUGCACUAGAAUUCCUAUCGAAGUUGUUUGGUUUGGGUUUCCUGCAGUACUUUCGUAACGCGUGGAACUGUCUAGAUUUCUUUAUUGUGGUGGUAAGCCAAAUUAUGUUUCGUAAAGUAGUAGAGAAGUAAAACAAUGUCAUCUAGCCCAAGUUUUUGUCCGAUUUCGGCAUUGCAAAUGGCAUGAAAAUCGACAACUUUCAUGGGCGGCUUAGUAGGGCACAUGCCAACACGUUUUGGGAUCCGUCUUUUCGAUUCGAUCACUGUUCGUAUAUAUUUUUAAUUAAAUAUCAUUUAAUUUUUUUUCGUGCAUUUUCUCUAGGUAUCUAUAGUUAGUUUGGUUGGCAGUGUCGGUGAUGGUAAUUUGACAGCAUUUCGUUCGCUACGGACGUUGCGAGCCCUGCGACCACUCAGGGCCAUACCUCGUUGGCAAGGAAUGAAGGUAAUGUAUAUAAACGUCAUCUUUUUUUAUAUAAACGUCAUCUUUUUUAUUUCGCUAGGUGAAUUUUCUGCCGGCUAUUAUUUUUGGGACCCAGGGAAAGCAACAAUGUUGGCUUAAUCUAAAUUUCGUGCAUGAAAUGGAAAAAAUAAAGAACUAUUUCAAACUCUCUUUGGUUAAUUAAAGAGCUACGUGUUUCAUUUGAAAAAAAAAAUUGGAUUGAAUUUCAGGACUUUUCAGAGCAUUUUUACUCUGUCCAAUCAGGGUGGGAUAAUUCGCGUACAUCUGAGAUCUACGACGUGCUUUCAAAACAAAACAAGACAAAUUAAAUUCAUGCAAGACAAAUUAAAAGUAUGAUUAAUUAAUUUGUGGUCCCAAGGGUAUCCUCAAGAAGAAAUCUAAGAAGAAAUGUAAUGCAUCUUUAUAGUAAAAAACCUCAUCUUGAUCAACUUUUUCACUGUCAAAGUUUCCACACAUGAUGUCAUUACUAGUGUACAGUAGGUGAAUUUUUGGUCCAAAAACAAAGGAAAACUAAUUUGCAAUGGACCUUUCACCUUUUGACUGAAAUUUAGAUUUCAACAAGUCUAGACAAAAAUUUUAUCACAGCUUGAAAGAGCAUCACAAAAUUAGUAAUAUUCCGAAGUUUCGUUGCGAAAUGUUGUAAAAUGCGGAUAAUAUAGCCUUGCGAAGUUUGCAAUUUUCAGUCAUUUUAGAUUACAAACGGGAAAAACAUACCCUUUUUCCGAAGGAGGUAUGUAUUUCCCGCGCGUAAUACAAAAUGACUGAAAAUGACAAACUUCGCAAGGCUAUAUUAUCCGCAUUUUACAACAUUUCGCAACGAAACUUCGGAAUAUUACUAAUUUUGUGAUGCUCUUUCAAGCUGUGAUAAAAUUUUUGUCUAGACUUGUUGAAAUCUAAAUUUUAGUCAAAAGGUGAAAGGUCCAUUCACCUUCAAUUGACCAUUUGCGUAAUAGACUAAAUUUUGAUCUCAACAAAAAUUUCAUCACAGCUUGAAAGAGCAUCACAAAAUUAGUAAUAUUCCAAAGUUUCGUUACAAAAUGUUGUAAAAUGCGGAAAAUAUAGCCUUGUGAAAUUUGCAAUUUUCAGUCAUUUUAGAUUACAAACCGGAAAUUGACAGCCUCGAAGGGUUUGGGGCUGUCAAUUUCCCGUUUGUAAUCUAAAAUGACUGAAAAUUGCAAAUUUCACAAGGCUAUAUUUUCCGCAUUUUACAACAUUUUGCAACGAAACUUUGGAAUAUUACUAAUUUUGUGAUGCUCCUUCAAGCUGUGAUGAAAUUUUUGUCUAGACUUGUUUAGUUCAAAAUUUUGUCUAUUACGCAAAUGGUCAAUUCACCUUCAAACUUUGACAGUGAAAAAGUUGAUCAAGAUGGGAUUUUUAUAUAUAAAGAUAUAUUACAUUUCUUCUUCGAAUAACCCAAAUAUUACACAUACCAAAAAUCAUAUUCAUGGUUAGUCGUACUUUAAUUAUUUCGUUUUCUUUUCAUAACAGGUUGUGGUAAACUCUCUACUAUCCGCCAUUCCUGAAAUUGGCAAUGUUUCUCUGGUGUGUUUGAUAUUCUGGCUCAUAUUUAGCGUGAUGGGCGUGCAGUUCUUCGGAGGAAGAUUCUAUAAAUGUCUUGACGACGAUGGCGAAGUUCUGUCUCAUACGACAGUGGCAAAUAAGACGGGAUGUCUGGCAAUGAAUUAUACUUGGAAGAAUUCUGACAUUAAUUUUGAUAAUUCGCUUGCUGGAUUUCUCGCUCUCUUUCAAGUGGUGAGUUCAAUGGUGUCUGUGUUAAUUGGUUAUAGAUAAUUUUUGAACAGUGCUGUUGGAAAAGCUGGGCGAUGGGGUGUGAAAGCUACGUGGGUCUGGUGGCAUGCUCCUCCCGUGAAAAGCUGAAAUAUCGUAAAUUGUCUGAAGUAGCAUUGCAGCCUACUUCGCCUUACUUUGUCAUUUACUAUGCUCUGUCUACAGGGUUCGUAGCGGUCUUUGAAAUCCUUGAAAGUCUUUAAAUUUGAAUGCAGGUCUUUAAGGUCUUUGAAAAGUCUCUGAAUUGUGUGAAAAAGCGAAGAAAGUCUUUAAAAGUCUUUAAAUUCUUUAGUGAGUAUUUGAUUAUACGAUUUCCUAGCUAAUAAAAUAGAUUGAUUGAAGCAAGAUUUUCGCAAAUAUCGACGAAAAGGCGCAUUUUAGGAUGUGAUUUGACGGGACUAAUUACCUGGUAAAAAUGGUGCUUACACCAGGGUCUUAGCUAGAGGGCCGUGUUGGCCGUGUUAUCGCGGCCAAAAGUGGAAAAACACGGCUAGAUAAAAUGAACGCGGCUUCACUAUUUAUACAAGGCCGUGUAGAUUCAUAAAAUAAGGUGGUGCAUGCUACUUACAACAGACAGAAUUUCUUUCUAUUUACGUCGUAAGAAAGUUUGUAAAAUCUACUGUUGUUGUUGAAUUGGCAAAAGUGAUUCGUGAUGUUUUAAUAUUUUGAUGGUAAUGGGACCUGUAUGGUGUUAAAAUGGUUUUAAAUACCCCCAAGAGUUGCUGAAAUAACUUAAUAUUUUAAUGUCAGUACGUGCGCAAUAUGAGCGUAUGCUCGCCUUGUAUUUGGUUGCAAAGCAUAGAACAACCACAAGCAUUAUUGUUGGCGAGCAUAACUAGAACCGUGAUUCUGCUAUUCAAGGUAAUUGACAUGUGCACGCCCUGGUCAUUAGAAACACGCCCAAGAUCUAAAAUCCUAGCUAAGACUCUGGCUUACACUCGCAAUUUUUCGACAGCUGAUCGCUCUCAAAGGUCUUUGAAAAGUCUUUGAAAAUAGACAGAAAAAUCUUUGAAAGUCUUUGAAUUUUUUUGGUCUUGGAGACUACGAACCCUGGUCUAAUGCCAAAGGAUUUUACUCAUCAAGGGGGAGUGUGUUGGCACUCAAUGGAUUAAUCAGACCAUCUGUCCAUGUGUCUUGUUAAGUCAUUAAGUGGCAUUGCACCAUAACGUAUCCUACUUUGUCAUUUUACUCUGUCCAACGCCAGGCGAUUUUACUCGUCAAGGGCAGUUUGAAAACAAACAUAAACUCAUCAAAUCUCCACUUAUAUUAUUAUACUUUUCGUGAAUGUUAAUACAACAUACAGCAAGAAAACGAAUACAGGGUAUAGAUAUCUAUACUGAUAGACAUAAUUUAUUUACAAAAUCUUUGGUAGCUAUAUAAAGCCACCACAGCCCUCGUGGGUCCCACGUGCACACCAGUGAUUUUGGAAGCAGGGAUGGAUCCAGCAUGAUCUGGUAGGGGGGAUGCUCUGGUGCCGAGUUGUGUCGGUCAUGUGUGCCGCCCGCCCAUCAACUUGCUCCACUACUGCAAAGCCUUGCUUGACUACAGUAUUUGAAUUGUAUUAUUGUUGUUCACAGUUUGCUUAUCAUCAUGUUAUUACUCAAAUUACUGAAUCUCAUUUUGUCUCUAAUAAUUUUUUGCUUUAUCAUGAAAAAUAGCACCCCCUGGCCAGGGGGGGGGUGCGCACCCCUCCCCCCAGUAAAUCCAUCCCUGUUUGGAAGUGUACGUUUUACCUGUGUUCCACAUUUUUACACAGCCAAUUAUUGUGGGUAUCGAAAAUUCAAUCUAAGAACCAGGCAAAUACCUAAAUUUAUAAUACACCAUUCCGAGUAAGUGCGCAGUCUUGACUAUAUAGAGUCUCGUUUUCGUGAUCGAGUUAUUGGGUUUAUGCACAAAUUUCCUAGGUUUGAACAGCUAACAGUUGACCUCAAAAUACGGUUUGAGGUUUGCCGUUUCCAUUCUGCCGUAAACGUAAAUCUAAGGCCAAUUUCCACUCAAGAAAAAUUUCCACGGACAGAAAAUUUUCCAAAAAUAUCAUUGUUAAAAGUUGAAAAUUUUCAACUUCAAAUUUUUUUUCCCACGGAAAAUUUGUUUCGGAUAAUCACAUUUUACAAAAUUUACUUUCUGCGGAAAAUUUUCCUAAUAUGCUGGCUUUUGCAUGUGACAGGGUGACACAACUAUAUAUACCUGGAAAAAAGACCAAACUUCGACGUUUCGAGCGAUGGCCUUCGUGUGGAAGAUAGUCAGCUCAGCUAAGACCCUUCACCAGAGACGUCGAAGUUUGUUCUAUAUGUACUAGAUAAAACAUGAGCAGCCGAUCUGUAUCUGAUAUACAAACUCGAGCCGAAGGCGAGAGUUUGUAUAUCAGAUACAGAUCGGAUGCGAAUGUUUCAUCGUACUUAAAAAACGACCCAUCAUAUGAGUUCAUUGGCGAAGUAAUUUUAAAAAUAAACAUUGUCUAAGCCGAGAAAAUCAAAGCUGAAGUUUAUGUAAAUCAGGACAAAUCUUUAUCCGAUUUACAAACAUUGAUUAAAUAUUCAUUUCUUUUGUAUUUUCCUCGUAAAUUAUUAAUGAUUUUUUAAAUAUUAUAUAUAUUAUUCAUAUAUAUAUAUAUAUAUAUAUAUAUAUAUAUAUAUAUAUAUAUAUAUAUAUAUAUAUAUAUAUAUAUAUAUAUAUAUAUAUAUACCGGGUGGCCCAAAAAAAAGUACUCCUGUUUGAUUUGUAAUAACUUCUAAACAAGUAAAGUUUUUAAAGAGAAAUAACUUGCAUUAAAUAGAGGAAGGACUAACUUAGAUUUUGAUAUAUUACAGUUGUAUUUAACUUAAAAAUUCACGGAUAUAUUAAUGUUAAAAAUGGGAGCAUAUUUUGGAAUGUGUCUAAAAUUAGCGAAAAUCGGCAUAUCAAAUAUUAACUCCAGCGUUUGUUUGCUUAAUGACAUAUUAGGCUAACUUGUAUUUCAGCGAAUUAUCGUUAAGGUUUGUAAGGGAUAUGGCGUAGAUUUAGACAUCUUACAUGUAAGUCUUAGCUCAUUGUUUCCUGAAAUAUGAACGUUCGAAAUUAUGCAAGUAUUUAAUAUUAGGUCUUUGAAAACUUAAAUGUACAUGAAAGACUGACCAUGGAAGGCAGGCGCUUAAAUUUUUCGUAUUCUUAAAUAGCCUAAUUUUUUUAUGUUUUUAAUGGGUUCAAACAGACUGAGUAGAUUAUUUCUUGGUUAGAGCAGGAUGAAUAUUCUUUAUUGAAGGAAAUAAUAUUGCUUUUUGCAAAUACACAUCACCGUAUCAACGCUACUAUUUUGUUACGUUUUGUUCCAAAAAUGUUGCAUGUCUCUGGGGAGUUGCUUAAUUAUUAUGUCUUAUGGAGUUACAAUGGUUUGAUUGUGUUUCAUAUAAUUCUCAGUUUACUCCAUGAACUUGCCAAGAUUAAGAAACGGCAAAAGAGUUUGGGUGUUCUUAACAAGAUUUCAGAACGUUGCAGAAGUUAGAAGAGCUUCACAAUUCCGUUGUGACAGCAUGCCCUAAUUCAGAACUACGAACGAUCCAAUGACGAUCCUUCGCGAUGCAGUGGUCUCAUGAAAUAAGGAAACGUAUUCGUGCUAGGAACACAUGCGAAUUUCGGACGAAUGAAUCUUGCUUGUAUUUUGUAGAUAUAAUAAUACUUUGUUUCAUAAUAAACAAUUUGUCAAGUGUCAUUUAUUUACUGGUAAUAGUGCAUGUUUCAGUCGGGCAAAUCUUGAUUAAUAUUUGAUACGCCGAUUUUUGCAUAUUUCAGACACAUCCAGAAAUAUUCUCCCGAAUUUAAAGAUUAAUAUCUCCGUGAAUUUCUAAGUGAAAUACAACUGUAAUAUAUCAAAGUCUAAGUUAGUCCUUCCUCUAUUUGAUGCAAGUUAUUUCUCUUUAAAAGCUAUACUUGUUUAGAUGUUAUUACGAAUCAAACAGGAGUACUUUUUUUUGGGCCACCCGGUAUAUAUAUAUAUAUAUAUAAGCCUGCAUAUGACGUUGCAUGUUAUAUCUACACACCUUAUCAAACUAUACAUAAAGGGUGCAAUCAUUGUACAAAUUUUCGGUGGAGCGUUAAUUGGCUUACCGAAUUCAAAAGAAUGUUCUAUCCAGUGUGCUACUAUAGUUUUUAGAUCAGUGUUAUAUGGGGUAAUAUUACAUUUGAAGAAUAAUUGCGUCAUCGUUGUUGGCCAAAACAAUAUAUCCGUUUGGAUGUGACAUCAGCCGUUCAUAACGACCCUGGAUAUUAAAAUGAUGGAGCAAUUCACCAGUGUUUGAACUGAAAGUGUAGAUCAUAGUGUCAUCAUCACUAUCUCUGGCACCAAUUCCGUUAACACUGGUAAUGAUCGCUUCAUUGACAUGAUUAAAGAUAACACUCCAAGCAUUAAACGAUUUGAAAUAUCGUGGUAUUUCCAGACGACGUUUUAGCUGACCAUCUAUUGUCAGAACGUAAAUGAGGAGUUGACAGUCAUAGCUAGCAAAAGCUAAAAUUAUUUCAUUUUUAUUAGAAACAGCUAAGCUGGAGACGAAGGUGCAUCUCUUAUCUUGGAAUGGCACAAAAAAAUUGUAGUCUUUUCCGACAUUUGUACUGUCGUAGAUAUACAUAGCUUUAGCAGAUUGAUGAUAUAUAACGAUCAGACCAUUUUUGGUGACACACAUUUGUGGACCAAUUAAUAUAGGACAUUCAAGAUAUCUGUCCGCUUUUACGUUCCCAUUCGUAUCAAAGGUCAAUAAUUUAUGUCGACCAGAGUUGCCCUUCACAAGAAUGAACACGUUAUCAUUUUCGUCCACUGCCGAACAGCAUAUUUUAUCUUCAUCGUUUUCUGAGGGAAUGGUACAGAACAACUCACACUCGCCGCUUUUCCUUAGACUCUUCCUAUCCCAUGUAACUGACAAGAUUUCCCCUUUGCUAGUUAACCCACAUCCAGAAAUAUAUAAAGGAAUCUUUUCAUCAAACUUCCAGAACCGACGACACUGCUUUCUGUCCAACAGUGGAUGAUAAAGUUUCAUGCCAAUCUUUAUCGUGGGCCAGUUGAAAAGACCCAUGCUCAUGUUUGUAAAUUUCAUGGUGAGAUCUAUUAAUAAUGCGUUGAGCAUUUGUAUGGACUCUAUGUUAUCAUUCCUAUUCUUCUUGUUGAAGCGAGCUCGUAAGCGGGACGUAAUCCCUUUAUCGGCAUCUUGCCAUACAGAAAACAUCGCUUGUACAGCAGGUAGAUCAUGUAGCUCUUUCAGGUAGAGUAAACAGUCUUUAACAGCUACAUCUGGGUCGUCUAAACCCUCGAGGAUUCUGCUGGCAAUGCGAAGCUUGCUUGCCAUCAAUCUAUCUUCUGUGCUGAGGGCCACGUUGUUAAAUGCUUCCGUUGCCAGUCUCUUUGAUUCUUUGAAGGACUCUUUGGCCAAUUUGUAGCGUUCUUGUGAUGCGAUUGUUAAGUUCCCGAUAGCUUCAGAAAGUUCAAAUGCGCUUUGUAAGACAUCGCGUUCCGCUUGCUUGGCUGACAACUGCUCAACUCUCGUCGCUGUUGCACCUUUGACUUCACAUUCGUCUUCGAUGUGUGCUUUUGAAGUGUUCGGCUUAUCACUAGCUUCACCAGAUGUUUCGAGAGAAGCGUACAACCUGGUAACUCCUUCUUUGAAAAAGCUGAGACUUGCCAACAAGUCCUUUCUGGACAAACCGUCGAGUUUCGAUUUAAUAUCAUCAAGUUCUCGAACAAUAAUCUCUCUGCAUUGUUCAUCGUUUAAGUCACCUUCGUGAAGUCGUUCUGCAGUGUAAUCUCGUAGUUUACUGCACAGUAAACCAACUGUGGAUUUUAGCAUCCCGCUCACAAUCAUUUCAAAUAUCUUAACUUUGAGGCGGAUUUUGCACACUAAUGCAUGUAAGAUAUUUCUAUAUCUUCUAAAUGUUGUCUGCGUUAAAAAUAUUGUUUUGUGUUUACUGAGUGUGUUUGCAUUGGACGCCCACGUUUUAGAUAAUUGCAAAGCAAUCACAUGAUGUUAGCUUUCUGUUGUACAAGUGAUUGAACUAGCUAGUAUCGUAUCCUUCAUCUACGUUAAAUCGUUCACAUUUCACAACCCUCAAAAAUUGUUUUAAAAGAUCGUUGUUACUUGUUCGAGAGAAACAGAGAGAAAUGGUAGGAUGUUAAUAGAGCACGUAAAAUAAUACCAACUGCUGUUUCUUUUGAAAGUAACUAACCCCCCACCAUUAACUUAAUUAUUGACAUAACUGAAGUGCACUUACAAAAUGUAUCACUUAAAUUAAAUUUUCGAUGCCCAUGCAUUAUUUAUCAGCUGGGUAAAAAUCUGGAACAUAUAAUAUAGCUAGUGCAUUUCGCGCCACCGAAAAAAAAUCAUAGGGAUUUUGCAACAAAAUGGUCUAUUUUGAAGUAUGCAAUCGCAUAUAUUCAUCUAGCAGAAGACGAAGUAUAACUUUUGCAUGAAAGAAACGAGCUAUCCGUAAAGCCUGGUUUCCAUGCAUAUGAUCGUAACGGUCGUAGAGAUUGAGUCACGAUCUUUCUCAUCAGCCGAAAUACAACAGUUUGGAACUGAAAAUACGCGGAGUAAUUAUAACUGGAGAAUACUUAUGAUUUAUAAUUAUAUGGUUUACAGGUAAAGAACUAUUACAAGCUGGCCGUUGAGAAAGAUCGUGACUCUGUCUUUACGACCGUUACGACCAUAUGGAAAGCUGGCUUAAAGCCCGUUUUGUACCAGACCAAUUUGUUUUAGCGAGCGAAGCGAAGAACGAAUUUGGACAAUGAAAACAUUCGCAAGUUAAUUUUUGCUUUGCCUGAACAAAUUCGCCCAUUGGAAAACGGGCAAAAUAGAAAAAUAUUUGAAAUUUGAAUCUUUGCAUCAGAGGUCUGUAGACUUACAGACAGGUUUUUAUUUUUUUCAGGCAACAUUUGAAGGUUGGAUUGAAAUCAUGGCUGACGCUGCAGAUGUAACAGAGGUGAGAUCUAGUGAAAGGGCGUUUUCUUGAGCCGUGAACAGUGACCUCUCUAUAUAUAUCUGGAGCAAGAACUUCAGUCAUUCGGUCUAUGAGAAAAGUGAAUCCAAGAUGGCGGCCAUUGACGUCCAAUAGCUCUGAAGGUCGUAAACAACUUUUACACCAUUUUCCCCAGCUAUAUCCGGUUUCUUCUAACGGACCGUAUCGCUAAUCAAGUUUUCAGUUCAUAAAAUCACAAUAUUAUUCUUUAAAUCUAAGUCAAAAUACGAAAUUUCGGCACACUCCUUGCCAAGAUGGCGGAAAGUGAAAGGGCUGUAGGACGUCAGUUCCAGUCCCUUUCUAUUGUUUUUGUCUGCGCGGUUAACACGAAGGUGGCUUCACUUUUUUAACUCGAGUUCUCGUUCCAGAUAAAUAUGGAGCUCACUGCUUCCCAUGCCGUGAGCCUUCAUUUUGUUGGCAUAUUUUUUGUCCGUGAAACGAGAAUAGACAAAUAUGUUAUUUGGCUAACGUUGUUUACAUCGUUGCCACCAAACUCAUAACUCAUAUGCCUAGUUACUAUUGUUUUAGUUUACCGAACUAAAGAAUAAAAGUUAUUAAUUAGCAUUAGAAUUAUGUAUCAGAGUUUUUUACUCAAGUAGAUAAUUCUAGUGCCUAGCCUAGAUACCUUCGAACUGUUCUAUGCUUCUGUAACUGACUAGAAUUAUCAUAAUAGUAACUAACAGGAUUUUUUAAACUGGAAUCGCAGGGCCACAUUGUAUUUUUUUUAUCUUAAGAUGGAUGAAUAAAACUAUUAUUAAUAAUAAGUAACCCCUCCGUAGAUGUCAUGCAUUGGUGAAGUCCCGAAGGUGUUCGCUUUAUAGGGUUUCCCGACUGUACUUUUUUUCGAUUCUUUUAAAUUUCAGGUGGAUAAACAGCCACAAAGAGACAAGAAUCACAUGGCCCAUCUAUAUUUUGUCGUUUUCGUGUUGUUCGGUUCGUUUUUCGUGCUCAAUCUGUUUGUCGGAGUAAUCAUUGAUAAUUUUAACCGUCUAAAGAAGGAGUAUGAAAGCGGUGCGGUGGGCUUAUUCCUCACUGAAUCACAGAGAGCCUGGUAUGACACCUUGAAGAAAGCCGCUGGCAAGAAACCGCGGAAAGUCGCAAAAAGACCAAAGGUAAAACGCCUCAUGGAGAUCUGACUCGUUGCGUUCUCACAGAGACGACUGGGGACGAGUCAGCAUGAAGUAUGAAAUAUUCCAUGAAUCCGUAAUCAAUAUACCGUAAACCUCCGACUAUAAGACCCCCCCCAAUAUAGGCUCCCCCCCCGUGUAUAAGCCCACCACAUGUACUAACGCUCACCUCAUUCCAAAUAUAAGCCCCCCCCCCGAAUAUAAGCCCACCCGAAUAUAAGCCCCCGAAUAUAAGUCCCCAAUUAAUAUAAGCCCAGUAAUCGCUGUUUUAAAUACACGUUUAUUUCCCUGUUUAUGACCGACUUGUUUAUGUCUGACUUGUUUAUUACUAACACAAAAGAUCAUCCAUGUAUAAGCCCACCCGUAUACCCCCCCCCCUUGUAUAAGCCCACCAAAAAUCGCUUACGAAAGUAUAUAAGCCCAGGGCUUAUAGUCGGAGGUUUACGGUAGCCCAGUUCAGAUCGGCGAGCAAGUUUCCUUGACAAAUUUACUUUCGGGUGUGUACGGUGAACCAUAGGUGAACUAGUUUCCCUUGACAACUUUCUUUGACAAGUUUUGUAGUGCUCAAGACCGCCUUUUGUUUGCCAAAACCACAUAAUUAUUUCUUGUACACUUGUCAAGUUUUCCUAGGGGGCUAUUCACACAAACAACUUUUCCUUGUCCAAGAAAUUUUCCUUGUCCAAAAGCUGGCAUGAUUAAAGCUUUGGAAGAAGACUCCUUGCAUGGCAAGGAAAGAUUGACCAUUUUUUGCCGUCUUAAUAUCUUAUUAAUCUUUAAAUAAAGAUGUAAUUCAGAAUUUAAUAAUAGUAUAGCAAUAUUUUUAAUGUUUUAUUAAUUUCAAGAGAAUAGUAUUGAUUUCAAUUGACGCAGGUCGGGAAACUAUUGUAUGCCGCCACAUAAUUAUUUGAAGAAAAACUAAACAUUUGCUAUUUUAUUACAUUUUUAGGAGAAAUGGAGAGCGCAUCUGUUUGACAUUGUGAACAGUUCAAAAUUCGAGUUUGCCAUCAUGAUGUUGAUCAUAUUGAAUAUGGUGAUUAUGAUGGUGAGACACCAUCGACAGAGUGAAACUGUUACCAAUGUACUCGAUAUCCUUUUUCUAUAGUAUCAUGCAGUCAUCUCAUCAAGACACUUGUAGGGCUUGUAUAGCCCAGUUCCUCGGCCUUUUCGCUUGCGCCUGAUUAUUAAGGGUGAUUUUUUAAAGGCAUGCGGUUGACGAUGUUGAUCAGCAAACUGUAGUGAAUUUAUUAGGAUGGGAAACAGUCAAAACAAAAAGAAUGAAAAAGCUAAACCAAAAUUAUUUUUAAAAUAUUUCAUAAAAUAUGAGGCGGAGUUAUCUUAAAUAAUUUUUCACUUUCAAAAACUUUUAGCACUUUUAGCACGUCAGAAUAGUUGAAAAAGAGUUUUAUGUACGAUGGUGCCAAAUGAAAGGAAAGCAAAAUACUAUCAAGAUUUGAAAGGAAAAUCGCUGCUAUGGCUUUAAAACGCGACAUUUUGUAAAAUUUAAAUGUUUCUAAAAAUAAUUUUAUAUCUGCACGCUUACUACUGCGCCUUACUACUUUUUUAAACUAACAAUGUUAACGUGGUUAAAUAGAGUUUAUCAUCAUCAUCAUCAAUUUACAACGAGGCUUAUACUAUACUGGAGGAUAUAAUUUAUUAAAACAAUAACAUAAAUAAACGACGCAUUAUUCGUUUUCCUUGACUAACACCGUGAUAUGUUUCGCGGUUAUUACUUUACAGUAACUCGAUAUUCACUGCGAUUUUCCUUUUGGAAGCUUUAUUCCGACUUGGCGUACAACGUGUUGACUACUUCAAAGAACCAUGGAAUGUCUUCGAUUUCAUCGUCGUCUUGUUAUCUAUUGCAGGUAUAUAAUGUUUUGUUUGUGAGAACACCACAUACAUUUAUUACUGCAUUUACGUGGUGUUUCCACAAACAAAACUAUUAUAUGUUUUAUCGCCAUGCAAACAUACAAAUAACUUAUUGCAGGUAUGUUGCUUAAAACUGUUGCUCUUUGUUCUAUAGCAUCAUAUUUAUUUAAUAAUUGUUGGAUAUCGGACAAAAGAGUCUAUCUAAUUAAAAUUAUUUUGAAUUGGAACACCAACAUGGCGGCUGUGACGUCAUGUGCAAACGCUCUAUAUGAGGAUAAGAAUGAUGUGGCAAAACAACCCCCCAAACAAAACUUGCAUUUUCCUUCUGCAAAAUAGGUUUCAUGUUUUUAAAUUAUGUUUUUAUAACUUUAUGAAAUAUUUUUGGUUUCUUAAAAGUAAAGUUUGGUUCUGCAAAGUCCGAAAAUGUAGAAAGGGACAAUAACGGGCCUAAAAUACCCUAAUUUCCAAAUGUUUUCACAAGAAACACCGCUUUUCCACUCAGUUAGAGGAAAACACUAUAUCGUUGCUCCUAUUUCAGGACUCGUUAUGGAAUAUUUAAACCAAGCGUUCAUCAUUACUCCCAGUAUAUUCCGCGUGGUUCGUGUAUUUCGCGUGGGUCGCUUGCUUCGUUUUUACAAAAACGCGCGUGGAGUUCGUCGCCUCUUAUUCGCCUUGCUAAUCUCAUUACCAGCCCUCUUCAAUAUUGGUGCGCUGUUGUUCCUUCUCCUUUUCAUCUACGCCAUCAUCGGCAUGUCUUCGUUCGCCUACGUCCAACACUCGGGCGCCAUUAACGAUAUGGUGAACUUCGAGACGUUUCGUAACUCGAUGUUAUUGUUAUUCCGACUUUCGACUUCUGCCGGAUGGAAUGAUGUGUUGGCACCGUUGAUGACGCAACCGCCCGAAUGCGAUCCGACGUACGACGGCCUCUCGAACGGUAAUUGUGGAAACCCAUAUUUCGCUGUGUUCUAUUUCGUGUCGUUCGUGUUGAUCACGUCAUUAAUUAUCAUCAAUAUGUACAUUGCGGUCAUUAUGGAGAACUUACAUGAAGCAUUCAAGGCGGAAGCUGCUGGUAUCACCCACGACGAUCUUGAUAUGUUUUAUCAAAAGUGGGAACAAUAUGAUCCACAUGCAACCCAAUAUAUCCCUCACCAUCUUUUAUCUGAUUUCGUGGAUUCGUUGGAAGAGCCAAUGAGAUUGCCGAAACCAAACAAAUUUGCUUGCAUUAAUUUGCACAUACCUAUUCAAGAGGUAAGAAAAAUGUACUUUAGCAACACAAGUAAUUUUGUUAUUUUGGAGGGAUUGAAGUUUUUGAUCUGUUAACGUGUUCCUUUAAUUUAUAGUAAUCAGAUUUUCGUUGUUGUUGUUUUUGUUGUUGCUGUUGUUGUUGUUGUUGUCGUCGUCGUCGUUGUUGCUGUUCCCAUUAUUUUUUGCUGUCAUUGUCGUUACCGUUAUCUCUGCUGUCUUUCUCGUUGUAUCUCUUGUUGCUAUUGUCGCCGCUGUUGCUUUUGUGGAUCGGUAUCCAAUUAACGUCUUCAUUGAAUUUCAUCUCCACCAUUUCAAGGGUGAUCGUAUCCACUGUGUUGAUGUUAUACAAGUGCUGGUUCGCCAAUUACUGGGAGACAUCGAACAAGAAAACCCAGAUGCAUUUGUGUUUAUGCAGAAGAAGUUGGAGGAAGCGUUUCUUGCUGCCUUUCCCAACAGAGCUAAACAGCGACGAGAAACAACCACGUUUGUACGAAACAGAGAAAUUUGCGCAGCGCUCGUUAUUCAAAAGGCUUGGCGGGCAAAGGUUUUAAAGAACAGAGCAUCUGAUCUUUUGAAUGAUAUCGAGGGUAAAAAUCGCUGCCCAUGCACUAGGGGUUGUAGUGUUGUAAAUAGCUGA